CCUGAAAAGCCAUUAUUUUCUGUUUCUAACAUUCUUUGUAGGUUUUAAUCAUGUCAAGCAAUGAUGCCAAAUCAACCACUAGCAAACACCAUGUGGAUGAAUCCUUCAUGCUCAAAGCAAUGCAACAAUUUCAGAGGCUGGAUAUCAUGUUUGGUGAGAUUAGAGACAAAAGAGACAAAAUGGAGAAGCAAGAUGCAGCCAUAGCCAAGUUAUACCAAAUACAGAAUGGAAGUCCAAAUUUGUGUAGGAAUGAUGCUGAUGAUGAUCUCAAGGAUGAUUAUGAAGAUGCACUCAACAAUGAUGCUCAGAACUCAAAUUUGAGCAUGGACAGAUUUAUGAGAGGUAAAGGGGAUCAAAGAAGUAGGUUUAACCGAGGAGGGCAAAAUAUGAUGAGGUGGGGAGAUCGGCCAAAUCGUGACUUAGGUAGCAUCAAGAUGAAGAUUCCUCCGUUUCAAGGCAAAAAUGACCCAGAUGGCCUUACUCAAGGGUCCAAAAGCAUUGAGGAUUAUCCCAAAGAGAUGGAAAUUGCAAUGGUUAGAGCGAAUGUGGAAGAAGACAGAGAAGCAACUAUGGCAUGGUUUCUACAUGGAUUAAAUCAUGAUAUAGCUAAUGUGGUGGAGCUACAGCAUUAUGUGGAAUUAGAAGAUAUGAUGCACAUGGCAAUGAAAGUAGAACGGCAACUCAAGCAUAAAGGAGCCACCACCAGAACUAGGCAAAAUUCAGGUUCCUCAUUGAUGAGUUGAAUUCAUAUAGAUAUUAAUGUGGAAUUUUUAUUUUGAUAUUAUUGAUAUUUGGAUGAAUUUGAUGAGAUUUUACAUGAUUUUCAUUCUUUGUGCAGAAAAAGACUUGAUUGCAUAAUAAUAGGAGUAUUUGGGA